GCAGGAUGUCAUGAGCGUACUUGCACUGAAUGCUGUCGAUAGUCCUCUUUUUCAUCCUUUCCGUUCCUUUAUUUACGUAUCCGCCGCUGCCACCGCGCGACCGAAUGGCAAACGAUCGGCCUGGCGCUGGUGCGCUUGACGAUAUCUUUGGAUCUUUCCUUUGACUUUUCUGUCAAGUAGAUUGAGCUUUAAGGCCCAAACAACUAGCUCAAGCUAAAGAAAACACGAUUACUUCGGCCUACACAGCGGAUCGCCUGGAAAGGUCACCAUCAUCCAUCCGGCAAUGUCCUCGCUCUCUCCCGUGUCCGAUACCGGUCAGUCAGAAAUCAAAAAGCCAAAACUUUCACCGCGACUUAACGAUUUUGCGGAUGAUCAUGAGAGUUGUGAUGAGCAGAAACCGAACGUUGGGAGAUUUGUCGAUUCGCCACGGCUGACAUCGCGCUCGUCUAGUCACGGUACACUGACGGGAUCUGCGUCCAGUAACAAUACCACGCACAGUCAGCUGUGCCGCGUGUGCGGCGACAAAGCAUCCGGGAAGCAUUACGGUGUGCCCAGUUGUGAUGGAUGCCGAGGAUUCUUUAAGCGCAGCAUCCGUCGUAAUCUGGACUAUGUGUGCAAGGAAAACGGCAAAUGUGUCGUUGAUCUGAACCGGCGUAAUCAGUGUCAAGCCUGCCGAUUCAAAAAGUGUCUUGAGGUCAAAAUGAACCGAGACGCCGUUCAACACGAGCGAGCACCACGAUCCUUCCCGUAUCGGCGCUCCUCAUCGACAGCAUCUCCGAUAUCUGAAUCCACUUUCUUCCCCGGUCAAACAUGUUCUUCAUCCGUACGCUCCGGUGCUUCUCUGUCCGGUGACCCUUUUCUGGACUCCCUCUCCUCUUUUAUGCUAUACAGUUCUUCUAAUGGAAUUCCGCUGCCCUUUCGUCUUCCACCUUCCAUUGCGCAGCCGGUGCCGCUAAUUAAACCGAAACUCCACACUACCUCGGCUGCAAUAUCCUCCAAACCCGCCAUUGGAUCAUCCAAUACGGCGUUUUCUCCGUACAAAAGCGGGGAGGUCCCGGAGAUGAACAGUACGGGUCUGUUGCCGGGUUUCUCCGUGGACAGUUUGAUCCGCACGACCGGUAAUACACAAGCGCUGCAGCACAGUUCGGUGUGGAUAAUUUACUCGGCCGUGCGAUGGGCCCGCUCGGUGCCAUCAUUUCUGCAGUUGCCCUUUCACGACCAGACGUUGCUGCUAAAAAUGUCAUGGUUGGAGAUGUAUGUCUUUACGUACACUCAAACGAAACCCGGUUAUCUUGAUGUGAUUGCGGACAAGACCUGCAAAGAAAUGCAGCAGCUCUGCGCAGCUUUGUCCAAAAUUUCAGAACAUCGUCUUGAUGCGACGGAAGUAUCCCUGAUAAAAGCAAUUGCGCUGUUUCGAACCGAUGUACAGGGCGUGAAAGAAAUGGCUCUAGUGGAGACGUUCCAGGACCAGGCCCAGCUGGUUUUGUCCGAAUACACAAACAGCAAUAAACUUCGCUUCGGCAAGCUGCUUUUGUUGCUUCCAAUGCUGAGAAGCAUCAGUUCCGGUGCAGUAUCCCAUUUUUUAUUCAAAGUUUUUGGAAAGUCUGUAGAGCAGCUAAUUGAUGAAAUGCAGUUGGCCUGCACGCCGCCACCUUUGUGA